AUGGAUACUAAAAACCAUUCGAGUGAUAGGGCUAGGGCGUACCCCACAGGCGACGCGCAGGGGCAGCACCCGGCUCCUGUGGGAAAUGGACAAGGGUUGUCGCACCGGAACGGGCGGGUGCGACGUAAGAAGCGAGCUCGAAGUGUGAGAGAGUUAAAAUUGAGGUGUGCAAGUUGGAAUGUAGGAACGAUGUCUGGAAGAGGAAGAGAGCUAGCAGAUGUUUUAAAAAGGCGACGGAUAAAUGCAGCGUGCCUGCAAGAGACAAAGUGGAAGGGUGCAAGGGCUAGGGAAAUCGGAGAAGGAUAUAAAUUAUUUUAUUGUGGAAGUGAUGGCAAGAGAAAUGGUGUGGGUAUAGUUUUAGAUAGUAGGUUAAAAGAAUGUGUGGUGGAUAUAAAAAGAGCGAAUGAUAGACUGAUAGCGAUUAAACUGAUUGUGGACGGCAUGACACUGAAUCUAGUAAGUGUGUAUGCGCCGCAGUCAGGCUGUGAGGAGAGCGUGAAAGAAAAGUUUUGGGAGGACUUUGAUUGCCUGCUGAUGAAUAUACAGGAUAGCGAGGAAGUCUACGUGGGUGGUGAUUUUAAUGGCCAUGUAGGAAGAGAGAAUGAUGGAUAUGAGAGAGUGCAUGAAAAAAGAGGAACACCUAAUAACCUACAAGAGUGGCCACCACGCGACACAGAUAGACUACUUCCUAGUGAGGCGGAGGAGUCUAUGCUGUGUCAAAAACUGUAA